AUGGCACUCACAAUCCCCUCAACCCUCAAGCUCACAAGCCUCAAACACAUAGCGUUGAAAUGUGGCAUCUCAAACUCCGGCACAAAACCAAUCCUCACCCAACGGCUCCAUAAUGAAAUCUCGCGCGCCGGUCAACCUGGCAAGCAAAAACCAAUUCGAAUCCUCAGUAUAGACAUGGGGAUCAGGAAUCUAGCGUAUUGCAUACUAGACACUACUCCCCGGGGGAAUGCAGCACCAAAGCAUGGCCAGCAAUUGCCAACUAUCCAAUCCUGGCACCGUCUUGCCGUCUCCUCUGCCCCGCCGGUGCCAUCUGCCAUCAUUCCACCCUCUGAUGCAUUAAAGGCGAAAGAAGUAGAAAAAGAGUCGUUCACACCUGCAACCCUUUCCAAAACAGCGUACAGCCUUCUCCGCACCCGUCUACUCCCUUGCAACCCAACUCACAUCCUUAUCGAGCGCCAGCGCUUUCGCAGCAUGGGGUCUAAACACAUCCUCGAAUGGACAAUUAGGGUUAAUAUGUUUGAGUCGAUUUUAUAUGCUGUGCUAUGUACAUUGAGGUCUGAAGGUAUCUGGGAAGGAACCGUGGAAGCAAUUGCCCCUGGGAAAGUCGGACCUUUUUGGGUUGGCGAAGGGGAAGGGACGGAGGUGCAGGUAGGGGAUAGGAAGGUUAGGAAGGCCAAGAGCGCGAAGGCUCAGAAUAAGGGCGCGAAGAUUGAUUUGGUAAGGGGUUGGCUAGAUCAGGGGCAGAUGGUGCGAUUGGGGAAUGACGAAGUGGAGGGUGUGGCGAGAGCGUAUAGGGAGAAAUGGGCGCGGGCGCCUGGGGGUGGGCCUGCUGUGAAAAAUGAUCUGGGUGAGAAGAUGGGCAAGUUAGAUGAUUUGGCCGAUUCAUUAUUACAGGGUAUGGCUUGGAUUGAGUGGGAAGAGAAUAAGAAGAUUGCCCUUAAGCAUGGCGUAGAAGCUUUGCUAGAGCCCUAA